UUUCCCUCUUCGUUUAUAUGUUUACAUACUUGUAUUUCAUGGUUGCACUUCCCUUUAUCCAUCAUUUACUGAAAAUGAUCCUUCCUCUAUUGACUUACUCAAUCCUCGUUGCUCCAAGGUGUUUGCUAUUUGUGGAUGGAUACCUAUACGGAUAUCCGUCAGGAAACAACCAAACCAUUUAUUCAAGAGUGAUGCUCCUUCAGCGAGACGUAUUGGAGAUUGCUAUUUUAAAAAAUCCAUUGAUGAAUUGUGCGUUAUAUUGUGACCGAAGCUGUACAAUGUUCGCUGUUAUUCAGCAAACCUGUCGAUUAUUCGCCUUAUUCGCCCGCAGUUUGCCUUUACAACCCUAUUCAGAUUUUCAAAAGGGCUACAAGAUCUAUUCGCACGCGCAAAUCCCACCGGAAAACUAUGCUUCUUUAGAGUUGCUAGUAUUUCGUCAGGACUCAAGUGAUGGAAUAUUUUGGCCUCAUGAAGUGGUGGCCUUGAACAAAAAUGACCCAACGGCGAAAAGAUAUUCGAUGUUGGACGAAAUCGAUGACUUCCGGGCCAAUGAUGGCCACUUUCACUUCAAAAUGUGCUAUCCAGAAUUGCACAAUUCUUUGUGCUAUAGGUGGAGUCAAAGUGACAACCCUUUGUUGAUUCUAGGACAAGCUACACCCAGGGAUUUUACGUACAAGGAAGGACCAUUUCCUAAAGCCCAGUACUUCAAAGGCCUGUCGAGAAGUACUCCGUUCUAUAGUUUACUCGACGUAGAUUUGACGGGUCCAGAAUAUUGGUGGUGUCCAAUCGGAGCAUAUGAGGAAUUUGGAUCGUCGACUACAUUUCCUGGUCCAAGGUUUAAAACUGUUGCAAUGGUUGAGCUUUUUCUUGAGUUAUGAAUUUCACCUCACUGAAGGUUUGGGAACUGGACAAUUAAAAAAUCAUAUGUUGUUUUUC